ACGUCACGUUUAUCACAUACGCUAAGAGAAACACGGUGAAUUUUGCAGGCAAAAUAGUAUCUUGUUGUGUCAUCGAUUUCAGAAAUCAAAUGUUCUCGCAAUUAUAUCUACAAAGUUGAUGAACUAUAAUGUAAACGACAUGAGUGCUACAGACGGCAUCGGUCGGUGAGCGAAAUGUCGAUAGAGUACGUACCGGUGAGUGAGGGGGAGCAGGACGAACCCAUUGAACUACCAACUGAGGAAGACGGCUCUUUACUGCUUAGCACCGUAGCAGCACAAUUUGCCGGUGCCAGCGGACUCAAGUACCGUGCAGCGGGCAGACUGCGUGGCUUGCGUCUCGUUGAUGAACGCUUGUCGCCGCCGGCCGAAGGCUGGGGAGCGCACCGUUACUGGUGCGCCUUUCCUCGCGCCUCGCCUGAGCCUACUCCGCGGCCUCGUUGCUCUGACCUUAUCGUACUCGGUUUACCCUGGAAGACAGGUGAAGAUGCUGUACGCGACUACUUCGCAGCGUUUGGCGAGCUUCUCAUGGUUCAAGUGAAACGCGACGCCAAGACAGGGUUAUCCAAGGGUUUCGGUUUUAUCAAGUUCGCCGAGUACGAAUCACAGUUGCGAGCCCUAGGGCGACGCCACAUGAUUGAUGGACGCUGGUGUGACGUGCGUAUUCCUAACGGCAAGGACGGAGGAGCCAGCGCGCACCGGAAGGUAUUUGUGGGCCGCUGCACCGAAAGCUUGACAGCGGAAGACUUGCGCGAGUACUUUGGUACGUUUGGCCAAGUCACAGAUGUGUUUGUGCCGCGACCAUUCCGUGCUUUCAGCUUUGUCACGUUCCUGGAGCCUGAAGUGGCCCAGUCACUAUGUGGCCAAGACCACAUUAUCAAAGGCGUAUCAGUUAACAUCUCGACGGCGUCACCUAAACGGGAGCGAGGCGCGCGCGGCUCACAGCUUUUGGGUUGGGGGCUGGUGGAGGGCGGAGGGCGCGUGUUUAACUGGGCCGGAGACGCGUGGCCCCCGCAAACUGCCCCCGCACCGCCCGCGCCUCCGCUCGACAAGCCCUACCUCAAGUAUGAGUGACAUGCCACUGUGUACAUAAUUAUAACCUCUCCCUUGGACCUGGCUCAUGCCUAAUAUGUUCUUUGUUGAUCACUGUCAAAUUUUAUAUGAAAUGUGUAAAUAAUAUUAUUAUAAUAUAGUAUGAUGUUGU